AUGCCGACCGACCCCAAAGUCAGAAUCAAGCCGUCACCGGCGCUGUCCAAAGAGCUGUCCGAGCCCUUGUCCGACCCGGGCACUUUCGAAAACAUCCCCAAGAUCAGACAAAUUGCUGGUGAUUCGGUUGGACAGAGAGUAAAGGAUAAGGUCGUCAUUAUCACAGGCGCCAACUCCCCCCUCGGCAUCGGCCGCGCCUCCGCGCACCAAUUCGCCCGCAACGGCGCGCGUGCCAUCUACAUCUGCGACUUCGACUCCACGCACCUCGAAACACACAAGCGGGAGAUCGCCUCCCUGUACCCCUCCGUCGACAUCCACACGCGGCAGUUCGACGCGGGUGACGAAGAGGCCGUCAAGAGCGUCGUACAGGACGCCGUCGACAAGUACGGGCGUCUCGACGUGUUCUUCGCGAACGCGGGGAUCUCGUCCGCGAAGGUGUUCUGGGAGGAGGAUAGCGAGGGGUUCAUGAAGAUGAUGAAGACGAAUGCGCUGUCGGUUUUCCUGGCGGCGAAGUAUGCGUCCAGGGCGAUGUUGAAGACGUCUGAGGGGAAGAAGUAUCCGAGUGGGAGUAUCAUUGGGACGGCGUCGGUUGCGGGGAUUAGGUCGAAUGCUGGGCCGACGGAUUAUUCGGCGUCGAAGGCGGCGGUUGUGAGUUUGAUGCAGACUUGUGCGUAUCAGUUGGUUGGAUCCGGGAUUAGGUGUAAUGCGAUUUGUCCUGGGUUGAUUGAGACGGGGAUGACGAAGACGACGUAUGAUGCUGCGAGGGCGAGGGGAACGGAGGGGAAGAUUGGGCAGUUGAAUCCUUUGAGGAGAGGUGGUCAGCCCGACGAGAUCGCGAGGGCGGUUUUGUUUUUGGGAAGCGAUGAGAGUAGUUAUGUGAACGGUCAAGCAUGGGCUGUGGACGGCGGUUUGAGCGCUGGACAUCCUUUCGUGCCUGGAAAAUUGGCAUAGAUUUUGCAAGCCUGAAUAGAGUUGAUGAACGUUGGUAAAUGUAUAUAUUGAGGAUAUCAUGUUCUGUAGAUUUAACUCAUACGUUGCUUUGCAAACACAAUUGCCAAUACAUGAUUUGGCUUCGUGGAUCCAUGCUUGCUUUGAUAUCAAAAAGUGAUGGCCCUGUGGAGUUAUGGUCAUUUCUUUGACCAGAAGCCUAGAGUAUAUGUCUGGAUUUCUGUCCGGCUUUAAGGAAACCGGAUUCCGACUGCAGCUCAACUCAGAAUCAACUUGAGAAGCUGGGCCUU